GGCUGCUGCGCUGGUGCCUCCGUCUCUGGCCGCGCACGGCCAGAUCGCGACGACGACUUCUCUUCCCCCUCACCCUCGAUUUUCGUCUCAACACCCGCUCCGAGCCCGACUUCGGUAACGAACCGGUUCCAUGGACGUGGAAAUGUCGUCAGGCGACGGGUUGUCACAGGUACAACCCAAUCCGCAACCCCAGGAUCAAGCCCAGACGUCCACAACUGGCACUCCCACGCCGCCAGCGCCCAACACGGCGGCGUCAACCUCGGCAGGACAGCUGAGCUUCAGGAGACAACGAGCAUCACGCGCGUGCGAGACCUGCCAUGCCCGAAAGGUUCGUUGCGACGCGGCCAGCCUCGGUGUACCAUGCACCAAUUGUGUCGCCUUCCAGAUCGAAUGCCGCAUCCCAUCCCCGAAACGAAAGAAGCCCCAAGGUGCUGGCAACCAGACCGGCAAGGAUUCUGACAGCGAUCGAGGUGACACCACUGAGGAUCAGUCACCCCGUCCGACAGCUCCUCCACCCGCAGCAUUCCCUCCGCGACCCCCAUCCGUAUUCCACUCUAACCAUGGGACUCCCUCUACCGCGCAAACGGAGGCCCAGGUGAGGAAAGAUGAGGUUGACAGUGCGACCUACCUUGACCUAGUGAUGAAGCCAAAGUUCACCCGCGCCCCCAUCACCGAAGCUGGCCGAGUCGCAUACCUCGGCGAGUCGUCCAAUCUUACCCUACUCGUCCAUGACCGCCAAGGCUCAGCCGAUGUCGUCCACUAUCCGCUACCCGAGAACGUCCGUGGCUCACGAGCCCGACUCACCGAACUGGACAAUGUCGAAAUAGACAUCCUCCAUCAGAGGGGGGCCUUUCUCCUUCCACCGCGGUCCCUCUGCGACGAGCUCAUCGAAUCCUAUUUCAGCUGGGUACACCCCAUUAUGCCCGUCAUCAACCGCACCCGCUUCAUGAGGCAGUAUCGAGACCCCAAAAACCCGCCGUCGUUGUUGCUCCUCCAGUCCGUCUUGCUUGCAGGAACCCGUGCUUGCAACAACCCUCAACUUAUGGAUGCCAACGGUUCGACUACGCCUGCCGCACUUACCUUUUAUAAACGGGCCAAGGCUCUUUACGAUGCCAACUACGAGGACGACCGCGUUACCAUCGUUCAGUCCCUGUUGUUGAUGGGCUGGUACUGGGAGGGGCCGGAGGAUGUCACCAAGAACGUCUUUUACUGGAGUCGUGUCGCCACUAUUGUUGCCCAAGGCUCGGGUAUGCAUCGUUCCGUCGAGCAGUCGCAGUUGAGUAGGUCCGACAAAAGACUAUGGAAACGCAUUUGGUGGACGCUCUUCACCCGGGACAGGUCCGUCGCGGUCGCGCUUGGAAGGCCCAUCCAUAUCAACCUAGACGAUUCGGACGUGGAGAUGUUGACAGAAGACGACUUCAUCGAGGACGAAGCAGACCGUGCCAGCGAAUAUCCGCCCGACCCAGUCCACGUCCAGUUCUUCAUGCAGUACGUCAAGCUUUGCGAAAUCAUGGGCCUCGUCUUGUCACAACAAUACUCUGUGGCCUCGAAGGGGCGACAAAGAAACGCCAUAGACCUUACCCACAGUGACAUGGCUUUGGCCGAUUGGCUCCAGAAUUGUCCCAAGCUGGUGUAUUGGGAGAUGCCCCGGCACCACUUCUGGUCUGCGCUCCUCCACUCCCACUAUUACACGACCUUGUGUCUUCUCCACCGAGCACACAUGCCUCCAGGCGGGACAUCGCGCUUCCCAGAUCACUCACCUUAUCCAUCCCGCAACAUUGCAUUCCAGGCAGCCGCAAUGAUAACGUCCAUUGUCGAGAACCUUGCCGCGCACGACCAACUACGCUACUGUCCGGCAUUUGUCGUGUAUAGCUUGUUCUCUGCUCUGAUUAUGCACGUCUACCAAAUGAGAUCGCCAGUGCCAUCGAUCCAACAAGUUACCCAAGACAGGCUCCGGAGUUGUAUGCAAGCUAUGCGGGAAAUUUCAAAAGUUUGGCUAGUAGGCAAGAUGGUGUAUGCCCUCUUCGAAUCCAUCAUCGGGAACAAGGUGCUCGAGGAACGGCUGCAAAAGGCUGAAGGCAAACGACAUCGAAAGAUGCGCCAGAGCCUUUCGCAGUUGGAACAACACAGUCGGCAAUCGGAGGCCGGAAAGCGAAAAUACGACGAGAUGGCCAUCGACUUCAGCACCACCACCCCACAACCGCAGGAAUCCUACGAACGAUCACGACCGCAAACUCCAAGCGCCGCUAAAAACGAUCCAUCGAGCACCAUGCACCCACCGCCGGUGACAUCGCCCAAUGCACGACAGGGUGCGGCAGAUACGUUUAUGGGAGGAACAAAUUCGCGGCCCCAGACCCGACCGGCAACACCUUUCAACCCGUCCUUCUCCGUGCCUCCCACCCCUCCAGACUUAUACCUCGUGACAAGAAACUCUCCCAAUCUGUCACAGUCUCUAUGGGAGAACUUCCAGCCCGAUCAGUUAUUCCCGGACAGUGCGGCCAUGCCAACUUUUCCAAACCUGUCUCCGGUCCAAACACAUACUGGACUAGACCACAAUAAUAUGGGAGCGGUACCGCCAGGGAACAUGCAAAGCGGAAUGCAUGGGCAACCAACAGGUCAAUUCCAGCAGAGAGGGCAAGGCAAUGGGAUGAUGCCACAGGGCGUCCCGAAUGCAUUUCAGGGACAAGCCAAUAUCUGGCAACCGAACCUGGACAGCACGUUACCAGAAGGCGAGAGUCCCGACAGCUGGAGCACGGGUUCAGGGCAAGGCCAGACGGUUCCGACAACGCUCAAUGUGGAGGAUUGGUUUCAAUUCUUUGGCAUCAAUGGCGAUACCAACAACAUCAAUCUUGAUAUGCCUUUGGGUUAAGGAGGAAGCAAGCCUAUCAACGAGAAGGGUUCAGUGGCCAAGGAACGGGUUGAGUCUCGGAACGCUGACUCAAAGGAGAAGAGAAAUGGCAAUGCCUGGCCAGGCUGGUUGUUCAAGAGUGUCUAAAUCCGCGUUAGGGCCCCUGCAAGAGUCAGGCGAAAGGCUCAUUUGGUCGCAACAUGCAUCGUUAGACCAUCAUACUCCG